AUGGCUGCUGGCGUGAUCGCCAUUCUCCUCACAGGCGCCGUUGCCCAGGCCCUUCCGGACGGUGCACCCACGUUGCCGCAACAGGCUCAGAUCAUUGACCAAUUGAGCCAGAAUGUGCUGGAAGAAGUCUUACCUCCUUACGAGGCCAAUGCAUCGACGGAAUUCUUGUGGCGUGGCGUCAAUUCCUCGUCACUCAAGGAGAGACCCUUUCACAUCUACAGCUCGGAGUUCUACGAGGUGAUUGGCAGUGAUCCGUCGCUCACCCUCAUUGCGACCUCAGAGUCCGACCCCAUCUUCCACGAGGCAGUCACUUGGAACCCAACAACUGACGAAAUGUUCUUCGUCCAAAAUGCGGGAGAUCCAGACGCAGGCACCGGCUUGAAAAAGUCUUCUAUCAUACAGAAGAUCUCCCUUCUGGAUGCCGAAGAACUGAGGAACGGGACUUUCGGUGCUACAGCAGUGCCAGUGCAUACAGUGCCAUCGACCCCACAAGUGAUCAACCCGAAUGGCGGCACCAACUACAAGGGUAACCUGGUCUUUGCGGGCUCAGGCCAAGGAGACCGUCUUGCAUCAGCGCUCUAUCUGAUGAAUCCUGUCGAACCAUACAACACUACAGUUUUGGUCAACAACUUCUUUGGCAGAGCUUUCAACUCACUCAAUGACGUCGCUGUCAAUCCCCGUAAUCUAAACAUUUACUUCACCGACACCCUUUACGGAUAUCUUCAGAAUUUCCGGCCGACGCCCGGCCUGAGGAAUCAAGUUUAUCGACUCGAUCCUUCCACAGGUUCACUGUCAGUUGUGGCUGAUGGGUUUACUUUGCCAAAUGGGAUCACGUUUUCACCCAACGGCGAAUACGCCUACGUCACAGACACCGGCAUGGCUCAUGCGUUCUUUGGCGAGAAUUUGACAGAUCCUUCGACAAUAGCGUGA